CGAGGGCUAGAGGCAGCUUCUUGAGCGGUGGUGGAGGGAGAGUCUGGCUGGGCAGGAGGGAGACCCCAAGGGAGGAAGGAGAGAAGUCAGGUGUGAAGAGUUAAAAGAGAGGAGCUGGGGACAGGCAGACACACAGACAGGUGGUCUCUGUGUGUGUGUGUGUGUGUUGGGGGCCAGAAGAAGCCUUUGGAGGAAGCGGAAGGGCGUGUGGGGUGCAGGGAGGUCAUCCGUUGGAGUCCCUCGGAGCCAGUGGACGGGCCAGGGCCAGGGCAUCUGCGGGGAUGAACUUUGCCGUGGGUUUCAAGCCGAUGCUGGGGACCUCGCAGAGCAUGGACAACCUGGAGAAGCAGCUGAUUUGCCCCAUCUGCCUGGAGAUGUUCACCAAGCCGGUCGUGAUCCUGCCGUGUCAGCACAACCUCUGCCGCAAGUGCGCCAACGACAUCUUCCAGGCCUCCAACCCCCUGUGGCAAUCCCGCGGAUCGACUUCUGUGUCCUCCGGUGGCCGAUUCCGGUGCCCCUCCUGCCGGCAUGAAGUGGUGCUGGACCGGCACGGCGUCUAUGGGCUGCAGAGGAACCUCCUGGUGGAGAACAUCAUUGACAUAUACAAGCAAGAGUCCUCCCGACCUCUGCACACCAAGACGGAGCAGCAGCAGCAGCUGCUGUGUGAGGAGCACGAGGAUGAGAAGAUCAACAUCUACUGCUUGACCUGCGAGACACCCACCUGCUCCAUGUGCAAAGUCUUUGGGGCCCACAAGGACUGUGAGGUGGCCCCCUUGUCCAAUAUCUACAAGCGGCAGAAGGGGGAGUUGAGUGAUGGCAUUGCCAUGUUGGUGGCAGGGAACGACCGCAUCCAGGCCAUCAUCACCCAGAUGGAGGAGAUCUGCAAAACCAUCGAGGACAACGCGCGGCGGCAGAAGCAGCACCUUUGCCUGCGCUUCGACUCCCUGUACAGCAUCCUGGAGGAGCGCAAGAAGGAGCUGCUGCAGGAGAUCGGGCGCGAGCAGGAGGAGAAGCUCCAGCGGGUGCGGGGGCUCAUCCGCCAGUACGGGGACCACCUCGAGGUCUCCUCCAAGCUGGUCGAGUCGGCCAUCCAGUCCAUGGAGGAGCCCCAGAUGGCCGUCUACCUCCAGCAGUCGAAGGAGCUGAUCAAGAAGAUCACGGACAUGUCCAAGGUGUCCAUGAACAGCCGCCCGGAGCCCGGCUACGAAAACCUGGACCGCUUCGCCGUCAGCGUCGACCACGUGGCCGAAAUGCUGCGAACCAUCGACUUCCAGACAGAUCCUGCAGGGGAGGACGGGGAGCCGGAAGGGCCUGGCUCCGAGGGAGGGGGCGACGCAGGCGAGGAAGAACAUCCGGAGGGGGCCGCUGGCGUGGAAGAUGGAGAGAACCUGCCCAAAUUCCGGCCCAAGACAGCAGGCUCUCCACGUGGCCAGCACUGAGGCGCGGCUGCCCAGACAUCGGGAGAAGGAGCGGUGCCCCCCUUCCCCAGGGGUGGCCGAGGGGUGGCCGAAGCCGCUGCUGCCCCCACCCCUUCGCCGCCCCCUUGCUUUUGAGCUGCUGAGAAGAAUAAAGCGGUCCCUUCUUUGCCGAAGGAA